UGAUUAUACCAAAUGAAUCGCCUCUGUUUUUUAUAAAUUAACAAAGUAAUAAGCAUUUGCUGAUUGCUAAUUAGUUGAAUAACCAUUUUUUCCAUUAUUACUAUAAUAAAAAAUAUACAAAGAAUAACAAGUGAAAUACAUCUGAUUACAUAGAUAAAACAAAAAUCAUAAUAUUGCCAAUACACACAUCUAACAAUCAAUUUGUGGCUAUAAAUACAUACUAAGCAAAAUACGGAAUAAUAUAAAUACCUAAAUAAAAAUAGACAAACUAAGACGAAACUCAAAUGGUAAACAAAAUACCACAAAACAAAGUAAUUUUAAUGCUAUAAUACUUCAUACAAGCGUUCUAAGAAGCGAUAGAAUCAUCGAAACAUUUCGUAUUGUUCAUACUCUAGAAUAUACCGAUAAGAACGAUACCCUCGUAACCCUGCAGACAUAUAAAUAGUGACUCCCUAUUCUCGUGUCAGUAAUGAACAAACAUUCGUGGAACAUGAUCGCGUUCCUAGUUCUUGGAUUAUUAGCUGCGGCUAGCGCAGCGCCGGCACCUCAAUUCUCCAGACACCGGCACUCACCGUUCUCACAAGAUUUCGACGAUGAUUUCCACAUGCAACCCUUCUUCGAUGAUGACAUAUUCGAUACUCAGCGUUUUUGGCAGCAGCUAGACUCGGAACUUCGGCAAAUGAACACGAUGAUAGAAAAUUUCCAUCGUCAUUUUCCGACGAGCACAUCUUCGGGUGGCAUUGUAGGCAACGAGUACAGAGUCGUCAUUAAUCUACAUGGUUUUGAUGAAAAAGAUAUCUCAGUGAAAGCUCGUGACAAUGUUCUCAUGGUGCAAGCUGUUCACAAAACCGGAGAACAGAAUGUUAAUACUUAUAUGGAUUUACGUACUCUGCCGGAUUGCGUGAAUGCUUCUGGAGUGUGGACAUUUGCGAAUGACGUUCUCACCGUAGUUUUCCCUCUCAAAUCUAAAUGCACGACUGAGACUCCUGCUAGUACUGAAGGUAUUGAGGAUGUCACGAAGGGCUUAGAAGACCGUGAAGAAAUGGAUAACUCAGAUCGUUCAAAUGCCAAUAACGAUCUGGAUGCGGAUGUGGGGGUGAGUGAUAAUAACAGCAAAGAUGAAGCGAUUCGAACGAAUGAGAUACAGAAGAGUGUAGAAGCGACUACGUAUGCUGUCGAUUUGAAAAAUGAAGUCGAGUUCGUUCCCGUUCACUAUAAGUAGGAUAUAGCUAAUUGUAUUGUUAUUUUUAUUGUGAUAUGUAAGUAAAGUUAUUUAUUAAUAGAAGGUAUUUUAUUUAUAUAUUUCCUAUUAUAUUUUUAUUCUAACUUGUAGCGUUGAUUGAGAUUGUUUAGUUGAUGCGAUUUUCGUGUUCCAUAGGUUAGACUUAUUAAAAGUAGGAGAAUAUGAAAGCGGA